AUGGAUGAAGUGACGUAUUUUUCGAAGCCCGAGCAUAUUUUCCCCCAUUUGGUUGAUGGCCGCAUUCCGACCGAACAAUUUCUUAGUGCAUGUCAAGGAAUUGCCGAUUUUGUCGGAUUUCUUGGUACCGCGUUUGCUCCAGUCAAAGCGGAUAUCAGCGGAAAUGUGCUAAAAGUGCGGACGCGUUUCGAGAAGAAUAAAGCUGGACAAGAGUUUUUGGAAAGUCUCAUCGAUUCGGAUUUAGCCGAAAACAAUGGAAAACUGGGCAUAGCCACCGAGGGAUUGUUGUGGCUGAAGCGGGGACUCGAGUUCAUGUUGCACAUGUUGGGUAGAAUGAUCGACCAAUACAAUGAAGGCGGGGAUCGGAGUAAGACCGAAUCGCUGGUUUCGGUGAUCAACUAUGCCUACGAUCAUUCGCUUAAACGACAUCACGGAUUCGUGUCGAAGCAACUCUUUAAACUUGUCAUCCACGCAGCACCAUAUAGAAAAACAAUUCUAAAAGCGGUGGCUCUCGGUAAAGAAGGUCUCGAAGACGUUUGCAUUCAUCACAUGGUUGAACAUCGCGCAAAUUUCACUCAAAACGUCAACGCUUUAGUCAAUUAUUAUGUUGCUAAAGGCCUUGAAACUCCAAAUCCAACU